CGCACAAGGGCUACUUUGCCCUUCUCCCAAUGGCGGGCUGUGGUCCCCUUCCCGGCAGCCUCCCUCGGGCAGGGAGUGCGUCAUUUCCGGUGGGGAAGGCCCGCGGCCGCCGCCGCCAUUUCGGGCACUGCCGUGAGGCUGAGACCGGAGCCGGUCCGCUGGGCGGCGGGCGCCGGGGCUGGAGGGGCGCGCGCGGCGGCGGCGGCCCAGCGUGUAGGCGCAGAGGCGGCCAUGGCGGGCAACUUCGAUUCGGAGGAGCGGAGUAGCUGGUACUGGGGGCGGUUGAGCCGGCAGGAGGCGGUGGUGCUGUUGCAGGGCCAGCGGCACGGGGUGUUCCUGGUGCGGGACUCGAGCACCAGCCCCGGGGACUAUGUGCUCAGCGUCUCCGAGAACUCGCGCGUCUCCCACUACAUCAUCAACAGCAGCGGCCCGCGCCCGCCGGUGCCCCCGUCGCCCGCCCAGCCUCCGCCCGCGGUGAGCCCCUCCAGACUCCGAAUAGGAGAUCAAGAGUUUGAUUCAUUGCCUGCUUUACUGGAAUUCUACAAAAUACACUAUUUGGACACUACAACGUUGAUAGAACCAGUUUCCAGAUCCAGGCAGGGUAGUGGAGUGAUUCUCAGGCAGGAGGAGGCAGAGUAUGUGCGAGCCCUCUUUGACUUUAAUGGGAAUGAUGAAGAAGAUCUUCCCUUUAAGAAAGGAGACAUCCUGAGAAUCCGAGAUAAGCCUGAAGAGCAGUGGUGGAAUGCAGAGGACAGCGAAGGCAAGAGGGGGAUGAUUCCAGUCCCUUACGUCGAGAAGUAUAGACCUGCCUCCGCCUCAGUAUCGGCUGUGAUUGGAGGUAACCAGGAGGGUUCCCACCUGCAGCCACUGGGUGGGCCGGAGCCUGGGCCCUAUGCCCAACCCAGCGUCAACACUCCGCUCCCUAACCUCCAGAAUGGGCCCAUUUAUGCCAGGGUUAUCCAGAAGCGAGUCCCUAAUGCCUACGACAAGACAGCCUUGGCUUUGGAGGUCGGUGAGCUGGUAAAGGUUACGAAGAUUAAUGUGAGUGGUCAGUGGGAAGGGGAGUGUAAUGGCAAACGAGGUCACUUCCCAUUCACACAUGUCCGUCUGCUGGAUCAACAGAAUCCCGAUGAGGACUUCAGCUGAGUAUAGCUCAACAGUUUUGCUGACAGAUGGGAACAAUCUUUUUUUUCCAACUGCCAUCUAUACAGUUUUCUUACAGAUGUCAAAAGCAGUCUAGUUUAUAUAAGCAUUCUGUUACCUGUGAUCUUUUUUAGACUGAACUACUCCAUUCCUAGUCUUAUUUACCAUAUUCAGGGUACGAAACUGGAGGGCUUGUGUGUUAACUUCUGAAUUGGCAAUUUUAGGUGAUGGUGGCCAUGCCUGUGUGUAUCAGAAGCAAUAGGUGUCUUGCCUCUUUUCUCUCAGGCAAUGCAAAUCAACCUGUGGAAAACUGACAGCCAGGAGAGGAGUGUACACACUGCUUACCCUGAUUUAUUCAGUGGUUUUAUUUUCAUUCUGAAACUAUACUAUCAAAUGGCAAUAGACUGUUCCCUUCCACCCCCAUGAAGUAAUCAUGCACCGUGUGAAUAGUACCCAGUGAGAUUGCUUUCUCAUUUAUGGAACAUGACUGUCGUAUGAGUCAUUCUGAUAUUUCCAAUCCUGAGAAUUCUGAGAACACUACUAGAGGCAUUUGUCUUCCUUCCUAGUCAAUGCUUCAUACUUUUUCUUGGGAUUCUUUCAACCCUUGUCAUUCUUUUUCCCCAAACCUACAAAUAGGUUAAUUUCUAAGAUAAGUAUAUAUUUUCAUUCCAGAUGAAAAGCAGGAUGUGCAGAGCACUUUAUUCAGUGCAUAGCUUUAAGCCAGUAUUGGAUUCACUAAGUGGACAGCCAAACCCCCAGUUCUCUGCCUUCCUCCAAGGGAUCCUAGUGGGUUACCCUGCUACUACUAAUAGACUCCUGGUUAAUGGGAUCCAGUAGGACCAUUUCUCCUAAGUGUCAGUAUCCUAAUAGGAGAAUCUUGGAAUCCUUAGAUUCUACUUGGAGUGGAAGGACCAAUCACUUACAUUAUUCCUUGGAAGGUUUUGGGGCCAAAUUCUGCCCUCUGCAUUACAUGCAACUUGUGUAAAAGUCAAGUUAGAAUUACAUGAGUUUGAGGGUAGGGUUAGAGCUUUGAAAAAUAUUUGAACCAAUCAUGAAUUACUUAUGUAUUAAUUUCACAGGGGCAGAAUAGUGCUUGAAGUACAUUACAUUAUAAACUACCUUCAGUUUUGGUUCUUUUUGUUUAUGUUCAGGUUUAGUUUACAAGCCCUUUUAAGUAUGGAAUGAUUUAUAUGGGGUCAGGUGCUCCAAAGAAUAGACCUAUGAGACCAAAAAUGAUCUAGGCUAUUUAGACUACAACAUGAAACUUUGAAAGUUAGUUCCCAGUCUAUAAAGGCACUUAUUGGUCUGGUGUGGUAUGACCAAUAGAAACACCUUAUACUUUGCUUUGGACCUCAUUGUAGAAAAAUAAUGUACCUUUCUAAUUGUCCUGUAUAGGUUAAUAUGAUAAGUUUGCAUUCUUUGAACACAUACCAAAUCAUGGUAUCCCAGUGACUAGCACAUUGCCACAGUUGAUGUGCAGAUGUAUGUGUGAGCAAAUGAGAGGAGUGAAGAAGUUUGUUACAUGGCACAGGGAAGCCAGCUGGCAUGGAUUACAUACAUUACCACAAGCAAACUAAUGAGUUGACGCUAAUUUAAUAUAUUUUUACCUCACACUAAGGUAAUGCUUGAUAAAGACAUUAAUACUCAAGUUUCAAAAUAUUAGCACAGUGCUAUGCACAUAGUGGGUGCUCAUUAUUUUUGAAUGAACAGAUUUGCAGUACUAGACUGAAUUCCAUCUGACUACUUUGUUAAACUUUCAGUUAGAGUAUAGAUACUGUAAAAUCCAAAUACACAUUAAAUCUUGUUUUCCUGAAAGUAUGGCAUCUAAAGUAUUUGUAGAAAAACUUUGUCACAACUGAUUUGAAUGUUUGUAUUUUCUUUUGCCUUUGACUUUGAUAUUGGCUUGUGAUGUCUCUCUUUGCACCAUGUUAGUGGAACAUGCAACUCUACCCAAAUCAUAAGAAUUUCUCAAUGAUCAGUUGUCCAGAGACAUUACAUGUACUGUUGAGUUGGAUUUGGCUGGGUGUGGCAGUUAUUGGACCUCAAGAAAUCAAAGGACUUCUUAUAAGUAUCUUCCAGAAAAAAGCAAAUGCUAGACUCCUAUUCGAGUGCAUAUGUACAUUGUCACAAAGCAAAGUAAACUGAAAUUGGCUGCUAUAUUUUAUAUAAUCAUUUCUGCAAAAGCCCAUUUUUUUGGAUACUAAUAUUUGACAUGGUUAAUUUUUAUUAAUUUGUUGGAAUUGUUUAUUGUUAAUAAUGCAAAUAGAUAAUUUUUAAUUAUCCACAAGUAACAUUUCACUAUUAAUGGUUUGAAAUGGGUGAUAAGCAAACCAAUUUGAAAUAAAAUAUGAACAUGUGCCAUUGUAUUAUAACACUAUACAUUUUCUUGACAGUUAAAUUUAAAAAAAAAUGUUUUUUUUGUAGCAUGUAUUGUAUAUGUUUAUAGUAUAUGUAGUAAAUAAAAAUAUGGCCAAAUAUUUGGCUUGGUGAUCUUUUAGAGAAAGUAAUCUUUGAAUAUUUUUCACAAAAGAGCUAAAUCUUUACGCCUAGGGAAUAGGAAGUGUGUGCCUUCAACAACCUAUGAACAACCAUAUAAGAAUAUAAAGAAGUAAUUAUACACA